CUGGAGAUCUUCCAGAUGGUGCUGAAUUAUCUCUCGGUGAAGGACAUCAGCAUGCUGAGCAUGGUGUCCAAAACCAUCAGCGGCCGCCUCAUCCAUUACAUCUCCACCUCAUCAGGGAGCCGCCGGCUGCUGCUGCAGGAUUUCCACCAGGAGCUCCCUGCCAGGAGAGAGGGAGCCUCCAUCCUGGAGCACUACAGGGCUCUAGGGCUGCUGCUCAAGAGGUGCACUCUGCUGCUGCCCACCAGGGACAGGCUCAAAUAUGUGCACAAGGUGCUCUCAGGGGUUUCCUGUUUCAAGCUGAAUGGUUGUGCCAGCCCCCUGCACUGCCUGGGCCUGCAGUGCUAUGGGGUUUUCUUACAGAUCCUGACCGCGGGCUGGGAUGAGCUCGAGUGCCACCGGGUGUUCAACUUCCUCUGGGACCUCAGCAAUUUAGCCCGGAAGGUGCAGACGGUUGUCAGCAGCAAACCAGGCAGCGCCCGGCGGCUGGAGCUGCGGAUCCGCCUCUUCUGCCGGGGGGUGCUGCUGUCGCCCGGCAGCCGCCGCAGCGACUCCGCCUUCUGGCUCACCCGCAUCCUCAAGCCCUGGCCCAUGGUGAACCAGGCCCGCCUGCUCUACAUCAUCUUCGGGCCCGUGUCCUCCCGCGACGGACACGUGGUCUGGCAGAAAAUGAUAGAAGGACCAACAGAUGAGACCAGUCUGAAGGGUUUAGCUGAUGCAAUUAAGCUGCUGUAUGGUACAGAAGCUAGAGAAUGGACAGCAGAUGAUGUUAUCAGUCUUGUGGAUGAGCUGUCAGUGGUUCCCCAGGAGUGGCUGAUGGAGAACAACGCUCGGCUGCUGCUCCUCAGUGGGAACAGCAUCUGCUUCACCUUCAUGGCCAGCAAAGCUGUGAAUGGCAGAGCUGUGGAGCUGGCCAGGCUCAUGGUCUUCAUGGUUCUGGUGUGUGAGAAGGACCUGUACUGCAUGGACUGGGCAGUGAAGAUGAUGCAGAAGGUCUGCAAUGUUUUCAGCACUCCCUGGGAGAGGAACAACUUCCUGCAGUGCCUGGAGAACUCCUUUGCCCGCAUGCUCAUGGACAUGCUGCAGGCAGUGCUGGCUGGGGAGAGGGAUGAGGAGGACAGCAGCUUCCUGAACCUGUUCCACCUGAUGAAUGCACAGGCCAACUUCCACAAGGAAAUCCUCUACCUGGCCAUGGGCAGCACCAGCAGCACCUCCUGAGCUCCACAGAGCCCUCCCCUGUCCCUGCUGCAUUCCUCUUCCUUUUCCUUGGAACUUUUGCAGACAAUUAUUUCUGAAUUUCCCAUCCCAGUAGGAGCUGGGGUGGCAGAAGUUGGGCCCAUCCGUGCCAGGCCAGCUGAGUGAGCUCAGGGAGGGCUUGGGGAGUGGAAUUCCACCCACCCUGCUCCUCCAGGGAAGAGGGCUGGGAACACCAACUGCAUUCUUUUCCCACUGUGCGUGUUUGCACACACAAUAAAAAUGACAUGGUUUCCACAGCUGAUGUGCAGACACCGACUGAAGCUCGUGUUGUCUUAGCCCAGAACCCAAAACAUUCUGAGCUCUUACAUUUGUUUUCUCUUGGGAAUCUGAGGAGAAAGGGAGGGAUGGGAUUUGAGGAGCUGCAUUUUUAGAUGUCUGACUCAGGCUCUGUGACAGAAAUGCUCCGUGGUUUGUACAUUCAGCUCUAGGGAAAGGUGAUUUCUGAAAGCAAUU